CGUGCAUUAGUCUCGACAACCACCGCUUGGUGGGCAAACGUAACGAUAGGUCGUACAAUGUCGUUUUUUAAUAUCGCCGUAAUACAAACAAACGUUUAGAAAAUCAUGUGGGUUGAUGUUAGCGGGCGCGAAAAACAGAAUUAUUUAUCACAGCCCAACGGAUGUUUUAUACCGGGAUAUACUGGCCACUGUCCUAUGCUCAAAUUCCGAUACGGUAAAUGCUACGGAGACAACACACGGCAAAUACUUAGAGAAAUACGAAGCAAGGGAUUAUUUAAUAAACCUCUAGAAUACCGUCCUCGUGACAACUACGAAUUAGACAAAAUGCCGCGUCGCAAUUCACCUACCACCGACGUCUACGAUAGCGUGAAGCAUCGCCAGCCGGCUUACAUGACAGGGUACACUGGCUACGUGCCCGGCAUGCACUUCAGAUAUGGAAAGUCAUACGGCCGCGCGGCCGACGACUGUAUGGCAGAUUUCUCAGAGAACCAGCGAGAAUUAAGACGUAAAGCGGAUUUCAAUAAAAGCUACAUACGUUCAAGGAGUGCUCCCAAAAUGGAGACGAUACACACCAGAGAUGAAAUACGACGCGAUUUAAAUAAAUUCAAAGAGAUCAAUAAAUACAAAGAGCACUCAAUAUCACCGGAAUUUCCACCAAUAGCUGGUUAUACAGGACACAUUCCGAGGAUAAAAGGAUCCGAGGCGUCAUUAAGUCAGCGAUAUCAUUGCGCUGCGAAACGCGGCUUGGAACUUAUCAAGAUGGAGAGGGAAAAGAGAAAGGAACUUCUUGACGCGGAUGUUAAUAUAAAAGCUAUUCUACGAGGAGAAAACAAGAAGUAUUCUUACUGGAACUGGGGAUAGCAUACGGGCAGAAGAAUGUUCUUCACAAAGUGUCGAUGAGCAUUCUUCUAUAAAAUAAGCAAUAAUCGAAGAAAAGGAUCAGUAUUUGUUGUACUAAGUUUCUUGUCUUAUGUAGAUAAUGAUAGAAAAAUAACUCACAGUUUUAAAUAUAAAGUGUUCGAUUUUUAAAAAACGAGGAAUCGAUACUUUUUAAUCGAUUAAAUUAUCGAUUUGUUACUAUUCGGAUGUCGUGUUUGUAAUAUCUGUGAAGAAAUAUUGUUCUAUGCGUGUACAUAGUUCUUUGAAGUCCAACUAAGACUUGAUAUUUUUUGUACCGUUCGCAAAAAAACUGUAGACAUUUUGUCAUUGAAACUAUUCCGUAGAUUUUCUAUCCGCUUGUUUCUUUAUUUUUUUUGUAAAUUAUUUUCAACAUUCCAAGAGUAUACUACUAUACUUCUAAAUUGAGAAUGUUUCAUUUCAUUCUAAUUUUAUAACUUGAUGCAUCAGUACAAAAAUUGUAUAUAAAUCUAUAUGUUUUGUAAGC